GCACGCUCUUAAUCGCAACGCCGCAAGAAUGUCGAAACGCACGAGAGAAGAGGCCGACGCCGAUGCCGGUGAGAUUACGAGCAAGAAACUGAAGAAGGACAAGAAAGAGAAGAAGGAGAAAAAGUCCAAGUCGACAGAGCCAAUCGAGGUCGCAAGUGGCAAUGGGUUGGACUCUGGCGCUGAGAAGAAUGGUCUCUCCAAGGAGGAGCGCAAAGCAUUGAAGCGUGCGAAGAAGGAGGCUGCGAAAGCUGCUGAAGCGCAAGAAGCUGCAAACAACGUGGCAGAGGCGAAAGGCGACGAUGAGGCUGCUGCAAAGGCCGAAAGGAAAGCGCGAAAGAGGGCUGAGAAGGCUGCGAAGCUGGAGGGCAAGAUCUUGGAAACAAAUGGCCACAGUCAUGCAUCCGCAGACGGAAAGAUUACAGGUGUGAGCAAAAGCGAGGCUGAGAAGUACUACAAGGAGAAGCAGAUUGCCAUUGAGGAUGCGAAGAAAGACGACAUUGGGCCCAUACUGUCCUUCGAUAGCUUACCUUUCGAUGCCGAAUCGAAGAAAGCUUUCUUUGGCGAUUUUAAGGAGCCUUCUCCCAUCCAAGCAGCGACCUGGCCAUACCUGUUCAAUGGUCGCGAUGUUAUUGGUGUUGCAGAGACAGGUUCAGGCAAGACGUAUGGCUUUGGCGUGCCCUGUGUCAACCGCUUGACGAAAGAGAAGAAAGUUCAGGUGUGCAUCGUGAGCCCGACGAGAGAACUGGCGUUGCAGAUACAGGAACAAAUGGUGAAGCUCACAAAGCCUCGCGGACUCAAGGCGACCUGUGUUUAUGGUGGAACAAACAAAGAUGAGCAGAGAGCGCAGCUGAAGGGAUCCCAAGUCAUCGUUGCAACACCAGGCCGACUCAACGACUUCAUUGGAGACGGCACGAUCGAUCUGUCUGAGGCCACCUAUCUGGUUCUGGAUGAGGCAGACCGCAUGCUCGACAAGGGUUUCGAACAGGAUAUCAGGAAUAUUAUCAGCUCCGCCGCACCCAGCGAAAAGAGACAAACGGUCAUGUUCACAGCCACCUGGCCUGAUUCAGUACGCAAGCUUGCUUCCGAAUUUCUGCGCGAACCUGUACGAAUCAUGAUUGGAGAGAACGCUUCCGGAGAGCUUCGUGCCAACACUCGUAUUGUGCAGGAAGUUGAGGUCAUCGGAGAGCGCGAAAAGCAGGAUCGCAUGCUUGCUAUUCUCAAACAAUACCAGUCUGGCAAAAGCAAGAACGACAGAAUCUUGGUGUUCUGCUUGUACAAAAAAGAAGCAACACGCGUCGAGGAGACCAUUCGCCGUCGGGGGUUCAGGGUUGCAGGUAUCCAUGGAGAUUUGAACCAGGCCAAGCGCGAAGAGAGUUUGGCAGCUUUCAAGAAGGGCGAAGUUCCUAUUUUGGUCGCCACCGAUGUUGCUGCCCGUGGUCUUGACAUUCCCGCUGUAAAGCUUGUGCUCAACGUCACCUUUCCCUUGACAGUGGAAGAUUACGUGCACAGGAUCGGAAGAACAGGCCGAGCCGGCCAGGAUGGCAGAGCCAUCACCUUUUUCACGGAUGGCCUCGAGAAGCCGUUGUCUGGAGCUUUGAUCAACGUCCUGAAAGGUGCCAACCAACCAGUGCCAGAAGAUUUGAUGAAGUUCGGAACGACAGUGAAGAAGAAGGCGCACGAUGCAUAUGGAGCUUUCUACAAGGACCCAGCGGACAUGAAAAAGGCGACCAAGAUUACUUUUGACUGAUAGAGACUAGAGAUAGAAUGGUACAGCAUUGACGUGCGAUA